CGAUUACCGAAACUUACUGACUACUCCCAUCUCUACUCUUUAAGGAACGCUGUCGCUGUCCGUUGAAAAUCUAAACUGAUCAACAGCUGACUUUGAAUUUGAAGCGGGAGGAGAAGCGAAUGGUGUGCCGCAAGCCAUAUAUCGCUUUCAGUUUCCAGUCUAGUCGCAAUAAAAAAGCAUCCGCUAAACAUGAGGGAGCUGAUUCCUGUCCCACAAGAAAACAUAAGCGAUAUCCUUUUAAAUGUUGGCCCCAAAAGCGUGAAUGUUUCCAACGGGUACUACGGCUACCAACCCCAUGUCCACUUAUCUGAUACAGGCCGACCGAAUAUCGAAGAAGCUCCAGUUAAAAUGGAAGUUCAGAACCAUGAUUUAGAGGACAAUGUUCAAAUGCAAAUGAAAAAUACCUUUUGGCGGGAUUUUGACCCUUGCUUGAAGCGGAAGCGCCAGCGUGAUGUAGCGGAAGAUUUCGGAACAGCAAAGAAGCACAAAGAAAGUAGUGGCGAUUAUCGCCAACCCCAUUUUCUCUCCAUAUCACCAGUAGUGCAAAAUGCAGUUCACCUGCCCAAUCCAACCCACAAUGUACCUGAUUUACCCCGCUGUAACAUGGGACAGUAUUUUUAAAUAAUGAAAUGUUUACCAAGUCCCGAUAAUGGAAAAGGAUUACUAGAGGACAUGCUAUGGAGAACACAUGGUGUUUCUGUUUAUCAGUGGAACGGACAAUAGUAUUUAGCAUAUCUUCUGAUUAGUUUCUGGAUAUUUUAGCAUAACUUGUGAUUUGUAUUCAUUUUGUAAAUAUCAUUAAAUUAAGGUGUUGAGAGUCAAGCUUUGGUUUAUAAUAUUUGGUGAUUGUGUGAAUUUGUCAAAAUUACCAGAAGCAUGUAUGUCAUGGAGAUGAAUAUUAUGAAUGAGAGGAUAUUUUAAAUGAAGGUUUAAUAAGAGAGAGAUUGUCUUGCAUUUUUGCCAUGAAAGCAACUAUACUACAUAAUUGUAUUUUUAUUCUUGACACAGUGUAUGUCGAUAUAUGAUGUUAAUAUUAUUCCUACUUAUUAUGUUUACAAUAAUAAAGAUGUUUCUCAAACAAGUUUGUCGACAGAAAAUGAUGUUGAAUCUUGAAAUGUUCAUAUUAAAGAGUAGUAGUAAAUAGAAAAUUACAAUAAAGAUAAGAUUCAUUGCAAGACAAGGACUUGAAAUAUAUAUAACUCAUUUGAAAACAUAGAAGGGAGUUAAUGUCUUGGUCAGUCUUUUUUGCAAAGUGCUGCUAUUGUGUGCUGUCGAUGUCUUGUUUCAAAUGGCAUCUGUACAUCAAAGUAUCUGGUAUUUCAAAACUACUGCAAGGAUGGUUGGGUCAAACGUACAAUUUUAUGAAUAGUAGUAGUAGUAGUAGACAUUUAUUUACUCCAUUAUAUAAGAACAAUAAAAACAUAGAAUGGCUACAUAAAUAAAUGUUUCAAUCCAUAGAAGGAAAAUGCCUGUUUAGAAUCAGCUGUAAAUGUCAACAGUACAUUGACAAGUAGAAUUCUAGAACAAAAAUAUGCGUAUGUCGUGUAUGCACACAAUAAUGAAUAUGUCGGAUUCUGGGUAGGGUAAUUGUAUUAUAUGCCCCUCUGUGUAUCCAGGACUGUAUUUUGCACAUUUGGAUAAAUUGUCGUGCAAACCUCUGCACAAAUCGCGCAAAUGCAAGUGAUUGAAAUUCAUUCAUGAUGCAUUAACAUUUUUUUGUAUUAACGCGUAGAGAUAGGUAUAACUCAGUUCAGUAUGGAAGUUCAGCAGCAAUUUUAUAUAGAUACACAUAGUUUAUCUAAUAAGCAAUUAACAAAUGAAGCGGGUUUAAUUUUGUGUAGAUAUGAAAUAUAUUCUCACUUUAUAUAACUAUUAAAGAAAGCAAUUGCACAAAAUUAGAUUGAUUAUACUUUUAUCAUGUAAACUGUUUUUCACUAUUGUUUCAGAAUCUAAUGUAGAAUAAUAUAGUGUUUUGAUAUCCU